CCAGAAAUCGAGGGAUCUCUUAGUGCGGUGAAAUUAUCGCUUUUUGCCCUUUUUCCUUCGACAAGUCAGCCAGCCGCAGCGCGAAAUGGGGAAGGUGGCGGUGGGAUUGGCAGUCAUCGGCGCGGCUACGGUGUGCGCGGCGGCGGCGCUGCUGGUGCGCCACCGCAUGCGGAGCUCAGCCAGGUGGGUGCGCGCGAUGGCGAUCGUCGCGGAUCUCGAUGAGCGCUGUGGGACCCCCCUUGCCAAGCUUAGGCAGGUCGCCGACGCCAUGACCGUCGAGAUGCACGCCGGCCUCGCCUCCGAGGGCGGCAGCAAGCUCAAGAUGCUCAUCAGCUAUGUCGACAAUCUCCCUACCGGGAAUGAAAAAGGGCUCUUCUAUGCGUUGGACCUUGGAGGAACAAACUUCCGGGUGUUGCGGGUGCAGCUUGGGGGGAAGGAUGGUGGAAUUGUGAAUCAAGAAUUUGCUGAGGUGUCAAUCCCACAAGAUCUGAUGGUUGGAAGUUCAGAUACACUGUUUGACUAUAUUGCGGCUGAACUUGCAAAAUUUGUUGCCCAAGAAGGUGAAGAUUUCCAGCUUCCUCCUGGCAGACAAAGGGAACUUGGUUUUACAUUCUCAUUCCCUGUGAUGCAGACAUCGAUUGAUUCUGGGACCCUUAUUAAGUGGACAAAAGGCUUCAAUAUUGAGGAUGUGGUUGGGCAAGAUGUUGUGGCCGAAUUGACCAGAGCACUAGAAAGACAAGGUCUUGAUAUGCGCGUAUCAGCUUUGGUCAAUGAUACAGUUGGGACACUAGCGGGAGGCAGAUACAACAACAAGGAUGUUGUUGCUGCCGUGAUUUUAGGUACUGGAACAAAUGCAGCAUAUGUGGAACGUGCACAUGCCAUACCAAAAUGGCAUGGCCUCCUACCUAAAUCUGGAGAGAUGGUUAUCAACAUGGAGUGGGGUAAUUUUAGGUCAUCACACCUUCCACUGACAGAGUAUGAUCACUCUCUGGAUGCUGAGAGUCUAAACCCUGGUGAACAGAUUUUUGAGAAGUUAAUUUCUGGGAUGUAUUUGGGAGAAAUUGUCCGCAAGGUUUUAUGUAGGAUUGCUGAAGAAGCUUCACUUUUUGGUGAUACAGUUCCACCAAAACUAAAAGUUCCAUUUAUAUUGAGGACGCCUCAUACGUCUGCAAUGCAUCAUGAUACAUCCCCUGAUCUUAAAGUUGUAGCAGAUAAAUUGAGAGAUAUCCUGGAGAUAACCAAUACUUCUUUGAAAGAAAGAAAACUUGUUGUUCAGCUCUGCAACAUCGUCGCCACACGUGGGGCCCGCCUUGCUGCUGCUGGGAUUUUGGGCAUUCUGAAAAAACUGGGAAGAGAAACAUUGAAGAAUGGGGAGGAUCAAAAGACAGUGAUAGCAUUGGAUGGUGGACUUUAUGAGCAUUACACUGAAUAUAGGAAGUGCCUGGAGUCUACCCUAACAGAACUUAUUGGAGAGAAAGUCUCCGAAAGCAUUGUUAUUGAGCACUCCAACGAUGGGUCGGGAAUUGGAGCUGCUUUUCUUGCUGCUUCUCACUCCCAGUACCCUGAUGUUGAGGAGUCCUCCUGAGUUCCAUCAAUAUUUAGGAAAUCGUUCUCUGAGUUUUAUUUUUAAGUUAUGGUUGUAAGAAAAGGUGGAACGAAUGUAUAAGACCAGGACCUGUAAGCGGCAAUGGUAUUCUGCUUCGGCCUGCAUUUUUUACCUUUUUAAGUUAAAAAAGGUAAAUAAAAAUAACGAAUGAUGGUCCUUUCCUUUGUCAA